AAGAACAGAUUCAGAGUUGUCAGGAUGAAGCUGUUGUUGGUUGCUGCUGCUGCUCUGGCCGUGGCCAGCUGUGCCUCCAUCUCUUCAGAUGACCUGGAGUUCCACGCCUGGAAAGUCCAGUUUGGAAGGUCCUACAACUCCCCGGUAGAGGAGGCUCAGCGCAGGGAAAUCUGGCUCAACAACCGCAGACUGGUGCAGAAGCACAACAUCAUGGCUGAUCAGGGCAUCAAGUCCUACCGCCUUGGCAUGACCAAAUUCGCUGACAUGGAAAAUGAAGAGUACAGACACCUGAUUUCCAAGGGUUGCCUCGGUUUCUUCAACACUUCUCUGCCUCAAACUGGUCCUGCUUUUUUCCGACUGCCUGGAGAAACCGAUCUGCCCAACAGUGUUGACUGGAGGGAUAAGGGAUAUGUCACUGAAGUCAAGGAUCAGAAGCACUGUGGCUCCUGCUGGGCCUUCAGCACAACUGGCUCGCUGGAGGGUCAGAUCUUCAGGAAGACAGGGAAGCUUGUGUCUCUGAGCGAGCAGCAGCUGGUGGACUGCACCAACGACAAUCAUGGGUGCAAUGGAGGCUGGAUGAACAAAGCCUUUAGGUACAUUGCAACUAACGGAGGGAUAGAAACAGAGGACUCCUACCCUUAUCGGGCUAAGGAUGGUAAAUGCCGUCACAACCUUGCCUAUAGCGCUGCCACAUGCACAGGCUACGUCCGCGUGAACCAAGGAGACGAAGUUGCCUUGAAAGAAGCUGUGGCCACCGUGGGACCUGUGUCUGUGGCCAUUGAUGUUUCUCAUGCAUCCUUCAAGCUGUAUCACUCAGGAGUGUACGAUGAGCCAAAAUGCAAGAGCUCAAAGUUGGGCCAUGCUGUACUGGCUGUGGGUUACGGCAGUGGCAAUGGACAGGACUACUGGCUGGUGAAGAACAGCUGGGGCCUCGGAUGGGGAGACCAGGGAUACAUCAAGAUGAGCAGGAACAAACACAACCAGUGUGGCAUUGCUACUGCAUCCAGCUACCCCCUGGUCUGAGCAGGUCCAGGACUUUCCUAAGUGAGGUGGAGGAACGUGAUGCAUCAUUUGCCUUUAUUUCAUAGAGAAACAUUAUGGGGUUAUAGAACAAUUCUUGAAAAAUGUAGAGAAUAAAAAACAAACAUUUCUAUGUAAA